ACAAAUUAUACUUCUCUUGUGUCAUGCGACUUUGACAACCUAAACAUUCAACAUUCCAAUUCUGUCAAGUGAAUAUAUAUUACGCUGCUCGUUGUCUUUCUCAAUCAGACGCAUCUUGACUGCAAAGAUGGCCUUUUCUCUUCGCUUCUUGAGCCUCCUUUGUGUGAUCUGCGGACUGCUGACUGGAGGCUCGUCUUUCAUUCUAUUCCAUAAGCAAAUAAAUAACUGUCCGCCACACUGGAGUCAGUUCAACUGUAACUGUUACAUCUACCUAGAUGAAGGAAGGACCUUUGACGAUGCACAGGAAGUCUGCACCAUUCUCGGUGGGAAUUUGGUUUCCAUCCAGAAUGACCUGGAAAAUGUAUUCGUUCAGGAACUGGCCAUAGCGGGUGGUAAUACUGACGUAGUCUGGAUCGGACUCAGUGAUACAGCGACGCCUGAUACCUACGAAUGGACUGAUGGUUCAGACAAUACUUUCCUUAACUUUGACACUACAAAUAGCGAGCCAGACAGCAGCACUGGUGACUGCGUAGUGCUCGAUGAGGAUGAUGGACUUUGGGCAACUGCGAGCUGCACGGAUGUGGAGCCAUACAUUUGCAUCAGACCGACACAUGAAUAGUCUCAUGGAACGUAGCAAAUGACAAACUGAACACUAUCAUCUCGGCCUCUACUCUACUACUUAUUCAAGUUAAAUGUUUACUAUAAAUGUUGCCUUUCAUACUUAAGAUUGUCUGUUCAUCCAAUCGCUCCCGCUGUGACACGCAAUAAGACCAACAGAUGGCGCCAUUGCAACAGAGGCGUAAAAAGCUCAUAGAAGUACAACGUAUAUGUACUAUAGUAUAGUAUAGUAUAUGUACUAUAGUAUAAUCUUUCUUUUACUUUUUUUGUGACGUUAGAAUUCAAUUUUAUUUUGUCAAGUGCUUGCACACAACAGAAUUAUCUGGAUGUAUCAUUGAGUAAAUUCAACACCAUUUUUUUGUGUGCGCCCACUAAGAAGAAAAAUACGCAACUGAUGACAUCGUUCGGACACACCGUGGACGCCUCUUAAACACAAGAUUUCACUUGAACCGUAUGGCAAUACCAUAUACACACAGACUCACACAAAACACACACUUAAACAUGAGUGAAUAAAAAAUAAAUAAAUUCAAGGAGGCUACUUUCUCACGCCAUGCGUGUCUAACUUUCCAGCUGGUGGCGGGAGCAACUGAGAACAGGAAGACAAAAAUGGUAACCAUUAGAACAGUGGUUCUUCACCUUGUUGGAGGUACCGAACCCCACCAGUUUUGUAUGCGUAUUUAUUGAACCCCUCUUUGGUGAAAAAUGAAA